AUGGAAGGUUAUGAUAUUGAAUUAAUUUAUUCAAAACAAUUCUAAGACAUUGAACUUGAUGCUUGGAGAAUGAAUAUUCUUAUAUUAGAUCUUUAAAGAUAAUUACUAAUUCUUGGGUGUACAAAUUAUUUACUAUUUUUUUCAAUUUCAGGAUUAGAGGUAAAACAGCUAAAAAAUAUAAAUAUUGACUAAAAUGACAUGAUCAAUUAAUUAAAAUAAUAUGAUCACCUAUUAUUUGCAACGACUAUGAAUUCAUUCAUAUAUAUAUAUGAUCUAGAUAAUAUUUUAAUAAAACCAAUCAAAUUAUAGGGUCUAUAUGAAGUAAUUUAUUGUUUUAAUUACAGAAAAUUACAGACUGUUCAAUUUGGAGUAUAGAUAUUUGUCAAUAAUAUUUGGCAGUAGGUUCCAAUUCUCAUAUUAUCUCUUUAUGGUCUAGAAAAGUAUUGGGUUUUGAUAAACCUGAUCAUAAAUAUUUGGAUGAUCGUGAAAUCAGAGUUAAAUUUACUAAACAAGAUUUAAUGAGGGCAGACAUAGAAUUUCCAAUUAGAUAUGUAAAAAUCUAAAAUAUUUUUUUAGAGUAUCUAAAAUCAUAAACACAAUAUACCAUGUGUAUCUUUUUCACCUUGUUGUUAAUUUUUAGCUUCUGGUAGUAUUGAUGGAGGCUUAAGAAUUUACUUAGUUGAAAAUGGAACUCAAUUAUAUUCAAUUAUGUUUUCUGAAUGGGUUUGGUGUAUUACUUGGAUUUAAUUAAAUGAAUUAUCUACAACAAAUUAAUGUUCUGAAAUUGAUUUAAUUCUCUAGUAUAAUUUAAUUGCAGGAUUCAAAGAUUAAAUUAAAAUAUGUCAAAUUAUCAAUUAAAAUUUAAAAGUUAUAAAUGAUGAUUUCUAUAUAAAUACUUCUCUACAAGGAUAAAGAUUUUAAAAGCUUUAAUACCUAAAAGAAUUAAAUAUAUUAUUUGCAUGUAUUAUUACUAUUUAUUAAUUUAGUUCCAUAGCAUGAUAAACAAUUUUGUUUAAUGGAAAUUUAUAAUUUAAAUCAAAUUAUCAAGGAUUAAGAUCAUACAAUUAAAUUAACUGCAGAAAACUUAAUAUCAGCAGAUACAUAAUAAAUAGAAAAUAGUUUUGAUGCUAUAAUUGCAGUUUUAACUUGGCAAAAAAAUAUUAAGCUUUAUAGAAUUAGAGUAUGA